AAAGACUGUAAUGAAAUGGGUCACUUCAAUAAAAGCUGCCCGAAAUGCAAAUAUUAUAAAGCUGCAUCCGUUGACAAUGGUAAUCGCAAUAAGAAGAGAAGACAGAGCGAGAGUGUUAAAGCAGAGAAAAAGGCAGUGAAGAAGAAGAAAACGGCCUCACAAGCUGUAGAGUGUCCAAGUUGUGGGAAUGAUAAUCAUGCUUCCUCUCGUUCGCCUCUUUGUCCUAAUCACAUACAAUCAAAGGAGGAGGCUAUUUCAUUCGUCCUUGGUCAUAAUUCUAUUAUUUUUGUAAGGAAGCUUCCUGUCUGCCGUGCAGUUUUGCCUCAGUUUCGUGAAGAGUUCAAGGAAAAGGUCAUUUUGUGCUGCAAGGACAUUAGAGCUAUAGUGUUCCGCUGCCAACUGUUUGUCAAUGCCUAUCUUGUUCAUAACAAGAAUGACAUUCCUUCAGUAGUCUUCACACAGCAAUUUUGGUAUUCCAUUGCGCAACUCGUUACGGGUUAUAGUCAUUGUCUCACAGAAGCUGCCAAGGAAAUAAGCAUUUCAUAUACUAACACCAUUGUUGAGCUUUUCGAGAAGCGAAUGCUUAAAUAUCUAACCUAUAAGCUACAAAACAUUGUUGUGGGUCUCCUU